AGGCGACGGUGGAACGUGCGAUGCUGGCCGUGAUGCAGAUCAGUGGCCGGCUGGACCGCGAUCGCGUGCUGGCCUUUUUGAAGACAUACUGGGAAACAAAGUUGAGUCCCGAUGUGACCUGGAUUCAAUUCGCCCGGUCCAGAGCGGCGGAUUGUCGUUUUCUGAUCAUCUGAAGCUAGUAAGGUUUUGUGCAUGAGUCACUCAGCCCGCUGGACACGACACAAUGACCGUGAUCGGAGGCGUGUUCCGGUGUCAGCUACCUUGGGUAGCAAAGCAUUUACCAUGGAAUGCGAGUCCUGUGAUGUUUACCAUCACCCGCAAACCAAGGGGACAGAUGUGGCCUCUGAAUGAGUCAGUAACUCCCCCUAUCAGGCAAUAUUUAUACAUAAACGGAAGACGCCCACGCGAACCACGUCCAUAAUACCAAACCAGUUAAUCCAGCACAAGCUUCGUCAACAGCCAAGCCGCUUGGAUACACCAUAGCGCAAUGAAUAAAAUCUGCGGUUGUUGCUAUUUUGAGCGCGAUACUUACGCCUGGGGGUAUAUCCCACAGGUUGGCCUUCAAGCCCACGCAAUCCUACGAGGCACCAGCUCGCGCACAACUCUGACCCAAACAUUCAAAAACUCGGGACCUAGGCUGCUUCACGAGGUCUGCUAUCGGUUCCCACUCUUCGACGGGGUUAGUGUCGUCGGAUUUCGAUGCCAGGUGGGCGAUCGAGUCUUGCGCAGCGAGGUCAAGACCAAAGAGCAAGCCAGCCAAGACUAUCAAACCGCCGUCUCGCGUGGCGCCUCGGCUGGGGUGCUUGACCAGUCCAGUCAAGACUCGGACAUCUUUCUACUGCGGCUGGGCAAUGUCCCGCCUCGGGAGACCAUCACAGUGAGCAUCACUGCUGUGGGGGAGCUGAAGGCCGACGCGCAAAACGAGGGCAUUCGAUACACCUUGCCAAAUGGCAUUGCACCUCGCUAUGGGUAUAGGGUGGAUCAGGUCGUGUCUACUCUGAUCAACCCAACACACAGGAAAGGCCUCAAAAUAGUGGUAGACGUUUUCAUGGAAAAUCAAAGCGCAAUUCGGAUGGUUCAGUCACCCAGCCAUCCCAUCCGUGUCAGACUGGGCCGGACUUCAUCCACCCCGGAGGAAUGUACCGAAUUCGCAAAGAGCUGUGCCUUCGCAACGCUGCAUGUCGCCAGUGAAAGCCCUAUAUUGGAGCGAGACUUUGUCCUGGUGAUCAAAGCCGAUAAGACGGAUGUUCCUCGCGCUUUGGUCGAAUGUCAUCCCACCGUCCCCAACCAGCGUGCCAUGAUGGCUACCCUUGUACCCCGGUUUCACAUCCCUGCGUCCGACCCGGAAGUGGUUUUCCUUAUUGACUGUAGUGGCAGUAUGUGGGACAAGAUCUCAACCUUAAAGUCUGCUCUCCGGGUCCUUUUGAAGUCGGUGCCCGUGGGCACCUAUCUCAACAUCUGCUCUUUCGGGACCCAGCACCAGUUUCUCUGGGCUCGCAGUCGGGCCUACGAUGGCCCCGGUCUGCAGAAAGCAUUGGCCCUGGUGGAUUGCCUGGAUGCAGACAUGGGAUGCACGGAGAUGACGGCUGCUGUCCGAGCAACUGUGAAGCGUCGUCUGAAGGGACGGGAACUGGAGGUUCUGAUUCUCACCGAUGGACAAAUUCACCAACAGCAAGAGCUUUUCGACUCCAUCCGUGCCACUGCUGCUAACCACACAGCUCGCUUCUUUGCUUUGGGCAUCGGUUCCUCUGCUUCUCAUGCCCUUGUGAACGGUAUUGCACGUGCUGGUGAUGGGAUUGCCCAGUCGGUCAUGCUUCAUGAGGAGCUGGACUGCACCGUCGUGCGUAUGCUCAAGGGGGCUCUGAGUCCGCACAUUUAUGAUUAUUCGCUGACUGUCAACGCCGACGAACCAAAUGAUGGUUUCGAGGUGGUUGAUCAUGAAGAGCAGGAGCUAGUGCAGGAGCCAGACACCACCACCACCACCACCACCCCAGAAACUUCCCCUCGAAGACCUAUCCUGCUCUUCGACCCCGACCUGAGGAAAUAUGACACUGAUCUCACAUCGAGCGAGCCUCCAGUUGUGCAGCCUCCGAGUAUCAUUCAAGCUCCACAGCACCUUCCAACCCUCUAUCCGUUCAUUCGCACCACGGUCUACCUUCUUCUCACAUCGGCUCGAGCUCCACGCUCGCUGGCUAUUCGUGCUUCCUCCAAACAUGGCCCACUGACACUUGAUAUUGCCGUGGAAGACGUGGGUUGUGGCGAGACCAUUCACCAGCUUGCAGCCCGCAAGAUAAUCACCGACUUGGAAGAGUCUGGCGGAUGGGUAGCCUGUGCCAAGGACAAGCAUGAUCAGCUCUACAAUUCAGUGACUCAGUCAAGGCUAGCCAUCCAGGAAUGUAAACGUCUGGGUCUCCAGUACCAGCUCUCUGGCCACCACACGUCGUUCGUGGCAGUCGAUGAAAAUGCUCUUCUGUCAGGAGAAUGCUCGUCAUCUGGUUCAACUGCCGUGGUGAUUCUCCCACACCAACCGGACACGGGUCCAGACUCAUUGAUGGGACAUGUCUUGCCUGAGGUGGUGUACGAGGUGGCACAAGAGUGGGUGGGAGAGGAGAAGGAAGGGGGGGAGGGCCAGCGGGUGCGAGAGGUGGCAGUCCCCUCGUGCCAAUGCCCCAAUCUGCGACUAUCCCCAGCGCAUCACGUCGACGGAUAUAUUGCGUGAUUGACUUGCAGAUCUUUGACGGAAGCUGGCAAUGGUCACCAGAGCUUUUCGAGGUUUUGGAGCUGGACGAAUCGAUGAUGCGUAGGCAGCUUGUGCGUUGGUGGCAGCAGGCCGGCAUUCAGCCGAGUCAAACGUUUCCAAACUGUGACGACGGUUCGCUUCUUGCCACAGUUCUAGCCAUUGAACACCUGCAGGGACGAUGUCAAGAUUCGAGAAAUAUCUGGGAGUUGGUGUGUACCAAGGCAGAACGGUGGCUGGAUGAGCGAACUCGAGCCAUGGGGAAGAGAGGUUGGGAUUGGGUCGGACGCUGCCGGGAGCACAUUCAUUCCCUAAUUUCUGACAAGGAUACUGAAGGACGAACGGAUAAGGUAUAAGCGGAUCGGCUACUGGUUUUGAUCUCUCUCGUGUUUAAAAGUUUACCAAGUUGAUUAUUGUAGCAAAUCUCAUACAAAG